UUUUUUUUAUAUUUGUAAUUUUGAUAAUCGUUAUUUCACGUUGCUAUAGCAACAGAUUCAAAUUUAAAAUUCAUUCAUAAAUACUUCCAAGAUGAUUAAUAACGAAUUAAUCCGUCGAUGUUCUUCUCAAGUCAAGUUUAAAGAUAAAGACGAUUCCUUCCAGUUCAGGUUGACUCAUCUCUACAUGCAAGAUAAGAACAUCUCGAAAAUAGAAAACCUUGACAAUUGCAUCAAUUUGACUGCCCUUUAUCUAUUCGAUAAUAAGAUAAGAAAGAUGGAAAAUAUCUCUCAUCUGGUCAACCUAACUGAGUUAUAUCUUCAAAACAAUUAUAUAAGUAAAAUAGAAAACUUGGAAAAUCUGAAGAGAUUGAAGAAAUUAUAUUUAAAUAGGAACCUCAUUACGGCUGUUAUAGGUUUGAAUAAACAAACCGAACUGGAAGAAUUAUACGUGGGAAAUCAAAAUAGAGAUGACGAAAAUUCAUUAGCAUUUGAUUAUCAUUCUAUACAAGCCGUUUCGUAUACUUUAAAGAUUCUAGAUAUCUGCGGAAAUCGAGUGAGAAGAUUGAAUCCUUUAAAAAGUUUAAUUUCUCUAGAAGAGUUAUAUGCUGAAAAAAAUAAUAUAGAAGAAAUACACGAAAUUUCUGAUACCAUAAAGCACUGGAAACGACUCAAAAUAUUAUAUCUGACUGGAAAUCCAGUAUGUAAACUGUACAGAUAUAAAGAUAACGUAAUCAUAUCCUGUCCGUCUCUAGUCACACUCGACGGAAAAGAGAUAACAGAUGUAACUAGGACCUUUAUUCAAAAGAUGAUCGAAGCCAAUAGUCGUGCCAAAAAGACAACUGUAGAAGAACCAGUGCAAGGUCAGCAACUGAAAACAAUGUUAAAACCUGUUCGAUCGAUUCCUUUCGUUUCUAUUCCUAUCCCAAAGCCAAUAGUUCCAAAAUCUGUGUUUAAAACAUCAAAAUCAAAAGCCUCCUAUUCGGAUUAUUCUGUCAAUUUUAAACCGUUGUAAAUUAUUUAUGAUCAAGAUUUAUUUAUUUUCAUAUAAUAGAAUAAAUAUUAUUUAUUACGAAAAAUUAAAUAGAUGAUUCUGACAAUUUUUG